AUGCCGGACAUCGGCCAGUCGGAGAUCGCGGCCCACCUCGACCGGGAUCGGAUGUUCGCGGAGCUGUGGUGGCUGAACUACUGCUGCUGCCAGGGUGUGGGCAUCGGGGCUGUGCACAAUCCUUUCUUCGGCGGUGAGGCCGUGAACAUUUGCCUUCACUCCAGGUGCGUGAUGACGGACGUGGGGGAUCCCUUUUGCGCCUCUCUGCGUGUGUGCUUGUGCCUGACUGACCAGUGCUCACUUCCCCCUGCAGAUGGCUCGCCCAUCUGCGUGUUCUUCAACCAGACGCUGGCGGGGUCCAGUGGAUGGAGCGAUCAGAAGCUCUUCGAUUGGUCCACCGACUUCGGCGACACUUUCUGGCUCUGCUACAUUUUCUGCGCCGGGCUGGGCGUCUCGGCAGUUCGCGCCAAGGGGCGUCCUCUCUGUGGCGCGCAGGGUAAGGAGCUGUGCAUCAAGGGCGGGGUCAGGUCGACCACGCCCCUUGAGGGCGGCAAGAUCUGCUCCGCACUCGGCACAGGGCUCUGCUUCUGGGAGCAAUGUGCCUUGCCGCCGGCGGAAGGGGCACCGAGGUUUGUGUGCUGCAACCUGCUUAACCCCAAGACCGGGGCGGAGCCGUUUUCAUAUGCAGAUACUCUACUAUUCUGCUAG